AUGUUCUGCUGCGGGAUCUCUGGCCAGCGCUGUUGCAGCGUUCCCACUGGCCCAGCCACCACCAUCUGUUCCUCUGAAAAAUGCUGCCACUGUCGGGUCUGCCUGCCCAGCACCUGUCUACAUGAGAUCAGCCUCCUCCAGCCAACCUGCUGUGACCGCCGCCGCCCACCCAGCUGUCAGCCAGACGCUUAUGUGCCAUCCUGCUCGCUGCUCAAUUCCCGCCACUCAACACCUGGACUGAGCGGGAUCCACCUGACCACUCACAUUCAGCCUUGCUGUGAAGGCCCCUGCAGGCCCUGCUGCUGA